AUGAAAGAGUCCACGCAAGAGAGCUCCAUUUGUAUCACGGCCCCAAUGUCAAGAAUCUCAUCCAACUCACCUGCCCAGGGUGCCGCUUCCAACAGUAGCAAUGACUCCAGCACUGGCAUCUCUCCCGUUGACUCCUCCGUUGGGUCGGAUCCAAGUGUCAAUAAGGCCUCCGCCCAGAAGAGACCUCGGACAAAUGAGCCCGACGUUGAUUCCGACAAAAGCUCAAUCAAACGCCAACGCAACACCAUUGCAUCUCGCAAAUACCGACAAAAGCGCCUUGAUCGCCUUGCUGAUCUAGAGAAGCGCCUUGAUAUUAUGACAACCGAACGGGACAGCUUGAGAAUAAAACUAGCCAGGCGGGAGGCGGAAGUGGAUGCGUUGCGAAACAUUCUUUCUACGGGUCGUUGA